AUGAAGAAUCUCGGUUAUUUACACCUGGUGACCUUGUAUUUGUCUCAAGAAAAUAUGUAAUUGAAAACUCUGAACAAUGUAUUACUAUUGCUUAUGCUAGUACUAUUGAUGAUAAGAAUCCUAACCAUGAGUUUAACAUGACUGAUGUCCCUAUCUGCAUCCCUCAUUGCAUGUUUUCUGUAGUUGUUAAACGUGUACCAAAAGAAGUUGAGGGUUUUAUCUAUUUUGGCAUAGAAACUAUUGAGUAUAAUAAUGUUACUGGCUCAUCCAAUAUUAAAAUGCAGAUGACAGUUCUUUAUUCCUCUAAGUCUAAAAGAUUCCAGAAUUAUCUUGGUACUUCAGGCUCAAAUAUCAAGUUAAACAAUGCUUAUAUUAUAUCAGGGCUCAUAAAGUUCUCACAAACUGGUAAAAUGGUUAUUGAGACAACAGAUAUUAAAUAUAUAAAGACUCCAAAUUUGAAUUACAAUGUUCUUGGAAAUGAUGUUGAAUUAAUUACUACUCAAACACUACUAAACAAUGUUGAAUCUACAACUUAUUCAGUCAAAUCUGAUAAUAUUAAUGUUUCUAAAUCAUCUAAGACUUCCUCAGACAAAUUGGAUACCAAUGUAGAAAUUAAUCCUUCAUAUAAAAAAAAGAAACUGCCUCAACCAGUUUAUAUUGAUUUGGAUGAUGAUGAGCAAUCAGACGAUGAUAUCAAUGAGCUAGGUUAG